GCAUAUCUCACCCUUCUCCUUGAAUUUCUCUAAAGCAAAGGACUUCACAUGAUUCAUGUGGCAAGAUCACCAGAGUUCUCCAACUGUGGAAGUAUUAAUUCAAUUUCUCUGCACGGAUCCACCGAUCAAGACCUGAGUACCAUGACUGGAGGCAGAAGCAGGCAAAGGUCUCACUCCUAUUACAGCCCAGAGGACUGGAAGAAUUAUUGUGUGCAGACACAGACUGACAACAUCUUCCUGAGACCUCGUUCCAGGUCUUUUUACAGUUAUGAAACAUCGGAGCAUGUCAACUAUUUGGGAAGCGGCGCCCUAUCCAGUCCGCUACAGCAGAAGGCGAUCAUUUUGCAACAUCCUGUGAGCAAAAAUGAAAAGUCCAAGUCUAAACCCAACAAGCACUCACUCUCAAGAGAUCUUCAUGGCAGCAAAGGCAGUCUUAAGUCCGUGUCCAUGAUGACUAUCUCAGAGUUAGACAACUGGGAGAUCUGUUCCAGCUCUGGGAUGAAAUAUGGUCAGUUUGUGGACUGGGAGAAAAUUGACCCAGAAGCUGCGGCACGGUACCAGCAGAUAUUGGAGAGCGAACACCACCAGCUGAAAGCCAUGGGCCGAGAAGGAUUCUGGGCUAUGCCUCAUACAUUGAGAGCAAAGGCUUACUAUCACAUCAUCCAUGGUAUUCAUUCCAGGUGUGUCACACCUGAAAGAGAUGUCUACUAUGAACUGAGCAAGAAGCUCUUUGGAGAACAAAAACUCAGCACCCACCCAGUUCCAGAGUACAUGGAGGCUGGAGAAAUACCAAGGUACUGUCUCAACAAAGCGGGUCUGAAUUCUGUUAAAAAGAUUCUUCUCUGUCUUGGGAGAUACUUCCCAGAUAUGAACUUCUGCCCCAUCCUUCCUGCUUUGGUCUCACUCAUCUUACACUUCAGCCAAGAUGAAGCUGAAUGCUUCUACAGUGUUUCCAGACUGAUUUGCUAUGAUGACCCUAACAAGCGCUACAUUGAUCAGACCUUCCUCACGUACCGAGCCUCGUGCAUGACCUUCGGAGACCUUGCUAACAGAUGUUGCCGGGGCAUCCGUAAGCUGAUUGCCAGCUCUCACCAGAACCUUUUUGAGUUUUACUCUGACUGGAUCAUGUGGAUCUUUGCUGAUCUUCCAUUCACAUAUGCUAUUAGAGUACUGGAUGUCUACCUAUUGGAGGGCUACAAGGUCCUUUACAGGGUGGCAUUGACUUUGCUCAGCCUCUACAAAGUGUCGGUGUCAUCUCGAGUUGCAGAUGUGGAGGAUUUCCGAACCGAUAUGAAAAGGUUUGUGCAGAACGUAAAUCGUCACUGCACGGCUGAGAAUCUACUGGAACGAGCCUUCAUGGUUCCGAUUGCAACAAGGAGAGAGCUCAAUCUUCUGUUCAAAGCCAAUAAGGUCUCUCUCAUGCAAAAAGGGGUCAGCAUCCACCAGAAAAGGCAGUCAGUGGACACAGUGGACUUCAACAACCUAAACUCAAGUGUUGUAACAGGGACUGAGAUGAGAGUGGUCUGGGCCUGGAUACCGGAGCGCUUUGCUCUUUUCAGUCCCAUUAAGCUGUUUUGUAAAACAGAUCAUGGAGGAAGUCUUGCAUCAUUCUAUUCUCAUGUGGAGGGACACGAACCUGCAGUGUUGAUCAUCAAAACUGUGGAUGAAGAGGUUUUCGGUGCCUUCAUUUCAACAGAUAUGACAGAGAGGCACAAAUAUGAAUUGAAUAAACUCACAUAUUUUGGAACCUGUGAAUGUUUUGUUUUCACGCUCCGUCCCAGCAUGGAGCGCUACCAACGAGCCAUGGUCAACAUCAUGACAAGGAGAGUGUCCCCUCAGCAGGCUCAGGACAUCCCUCCGACUGCUUCCAGCAUGACUCUGACUUGUCCAGCUGGUACGCCCCAGAACCCUAGCUUCUUGACCAUUCCUUUCACCGCCCCCUCUGAGGAACUGAUGACUGCUAAAGAGCCAAAGAGAUCCAAGGAACAAGAAGCCUCCAAGUUUAUAGCAGGCAGUAGCAAGCGUCUAAUUGUUGGUGGGAAUGGAGGCCAUGCUCUCUGCCUUCAUGAUGACCUGGAGGGAGGAUUCACAGAAUCCUGUGACACAUUCAAGAGUACGCCACUUUGCAAAAAACAUUUUAAGAUUCAGUCCCUGGAAGUAUGGGGAAUCCAGAACUCUAUUUCUUUUUCUCACUGUUUUUCUUCCAAGAAAAAUGUCUAAACAUUUUGCCAUUGAUGUCUACGUUGGCUUUAUGUUUUACUUGUUUUUAUAUAUAAAAAAAUACACAUAUUUGUGUGUUCUUUCCUAUUCCUGCUAUUGAGCAUAAUUUUACUAGAUUGGUCAAUGCACACGUGUCUUUUUACAGUGUUAUAUCACAUGCCCUGCAGGACUUUACAAACCCACAUAACAGGCUGGGGUGUCAGUUUCUGUAUAUGGACAAACAGUAGAAUGUGCCAUUUUGAAUGGAGCUUUGUGUGCUGCCAUAUGACCUUAAACUUUACCGUCAGUGAAAAUUAAAGCUCUUGUCUAUUUUUAUUAGCAACAUGGUGGAGAAUGAAAGUGUCAGAUUGUUUCAGCAAUGUAAUAAGCAGUUGUUGUUGUAGAGGAGCUGUGUGUAUUCCCAGUUGUUAAUUGAAAAGGUUUUUUUGUAUGAUAAUGUACUGAAUAAGAUUUUAACACCGGGAUAAUACUACGCAUUUUUGCAUUUCAUGAGCUGAUCAAACGUGUAAAACUUUGUAGCUUUACAAAGUCAAAACAUCCUGAUGGUUAUGUUCUUCAGUCAGCAUCAGUAAGGUUCUGCCUGUGUCUUCACGGACAAACCCAUCAGAUCUUACAUUUUAAAGGGACUGUAGCCUACCCAGCAGAUUCCUCCAACUGCCUAUAGAUGCCAACAUUCGAAUGUAUGAAUAGCAUUAUAAUCUGUCUGUUCCUGCGAUGACUACGUAACACACACACGCCCACUAGUAAUCUUUGUUGUCAGCUAAUAAUUGUGAUGUGGCUAAGUUUAGCUACUAACGUUAGCUAUCACUGAAUGUAUAGCCUAUCAUAAUCACACAACGACUCCAAAUUGUCACUUGACCCUUCUCUGAGACUGCUUUUGUGUAUGUGCCCGUGCUACAGACAUGUAGAUGUAUAUCAGACGGUGGUGAGAGUCCAUCGCCGGUUAGUUUAUCCAUGCCAAACAAAAAUUUACAACAAUUUUUAUGCAGUUACGUUUGUAUUUGUGGAAAAUAUAUAAUUUAUUUGUACAAUCACUUUUUUUUAAACCACUACUGGUAACAAAUCCUAGCUGCCGAUGGUGUUUUUAUAUUUUUUGGUGCCAAGAAUGUAAUUUAGAUUUAGUUGCACAGGUGAAUUGAAUUUAGUCUGGUACUUUAGUUUUGACAUUAAAAUCAGUAUUACUGCAUCCAAUGUCAGCGCUUUGCACAAAGUCCUGUGCUGCCAUGUUCAAAGACAGAAAGCACUGUUUGGCUUUCCUAUCAGCAGAUCAUGAGUGUCAUAUUUUAAAACCAGGGGUCAGACAGAUUUUAGCGCAGAUUUUGAGAUUUUGACUUUUGAAGGCUACGUCUUAAACUUUUGAUCACCUUCUGAACAGCUUGGCUUAGUUCAAAUGCAGUUUUCAAUAAAAUUCUGACUCUA